AUGGCCCCUCCAAAGUACGCAGGGCUCUCAGGACGCCCACUGUCCUUGUUGCUAUCCACCAUUGCUACCAUGGGUUUUCUACUCUUCGGAUACGAUCAGGGAGUGAUGUCGGGUAUCAUCUCUGACCCGGCCUUUAACGACAUGUUCGUCGCAACCAAAGGUGAUAACACGAUGCAAGCCACUGUCACUGCAGUUUAUGAAGUCGGCUGUCUGUUUGGCGCCAUAUUCGCACUGCUUUUCGGCGAGAUGCUAGGCCGGCGCCAGAUGAUUAUCUGGGGUGCAACUGUGAUGAUUAUAGGAGUCAUUAUCCAAGUCACUGCAAUGCCCGGCCACAUUCCACUGCUCCAGUUCAUCUUUGGCAGGGUCAUCACGGGCAUCGGUAACGGAAUGAAUACAUCCACAAUCCCUACAUACCAGGCCGAGUGUUCCAAGACCAGCAACCGCGGUCUGUUGAUUUGUAUUGAAGGUGGCGUUAUUGCCAUUGGAACUAUGAUUGCGUACUGGAUCGACUUUGGCGCCCACUACGGCCCUCCCGACUUGGUAUGGCGAUUCCCGAUUGCGUUCCAGAUAAUAUUUGGCAUCUUCAUUAUCUGGGGCAUGAUAUAUCUGCCAGAUUCGCCUCGCUAUCUCAUUGCCAACGACCGGGUCAACGAAGGCGCAAAUGUCCUUGCUGCCCUGGCAGGAAAGGAGAUUGACGACCAGCACGUCGUCUUGGAGAAGCAGUUGGUUCUCGAUUCCGUUCGAGUGUCUGGUGCUGAGAAGGCCCGAUUCCGGGACUUGCUCACCGGUGGCCCAUCGCAGCAUUUCCGGCGCAUGAUAGUGGGCUCGUCGUCGCAGUUCUUCCAGCAGAUAUCUGGUUGCAAUGCAGUGAUUUACUAUCUUCCUGUCCUUCUGGAACAGUCCAUUGGCCAGUCGCAUGACUUUGCGCUUCUGAUCGGUGGGAUCAACAUGAUAUGCUAUGCAAUCUUCGCCACCUUUUCGUGGUUCUUCGUUGAGAAGAUUGGUCGGCGUAAACUGUUCCUGGGUGGAAGUUUCGGACAAUGCGCAGCAAUGAUAAUUGUAUUCGGAUGUUUGAUUCCAGAUCGAACUCAACCUGCCAAAGGCGCAGUGUUUGGUCUCUUCCUCUACAUGUGCUUCUUCGGCGCUACUUGGCUACCCCUGCCAUGGCUAUAUCCCGCUGAACUCUCGCCCAUCAAGACCAGAGCAAAGGCCAAUGCUAUUUCAACAUGCAGCAAUUGGACGUUUAACUUUACAGUGGUCAUGAUUACGCCUGUUAUGAUUGCGCGUAUCAGUUGGGGAACAUACUUAUUCUUUGCUGCGUGGAAUGCCAUCUUCAUCCCUAUCAUCUGGUUCUUCUACCCAGAGACCUCCGGACGAAGCCUUGAAGAAAUUGACUUGAUUUUCGCCAAGGGGUACGCAGAGAAGAUGAGCUAUGUCCGUGCCGCCAAAGAGCUGCCUCAUCUCUCGGAUGAGGAGCUCGAGGCGAAGGCAGCUGAGUAUGGCAUCCUCAACAAUAACGAGAAAAGGGAGGAGAGAAUCGCUGAGCAGGAUCCCCCGGCCUCUGCUGAGUUUAGCUCGUACAUGCCAUCCCAGCUUUAA